AUGACCGACCGCGAUGACAAAAUCCAUAGACUCCAGCGAGAGCUGGAUGCGAUGCAAAAAAGAGAACAAUUAGCUAAUGAGCAAGCCCGACUAGCAAGAGAGCAAGAGAACGCAGCAAGAGAACGAGAAAAAGAAGCGAGAGAGCAAGAAAAGGCAUCAAGAGAACGCGAGGAGAACCUCAAACGCGACCAACGUAAUACCUCGUACGACGAGUAUUUACUACUUUGCCACGAGAUACUUUUCACACCGCUUAAAGUGCAAGACAAGUCGAAAUCAUCCGGCGGCGGGACAACCGAUGUAACAGGCAAGCAUUACCCAUUGACGCUACGUCCUUGGAACGGAUUUCUUGAUGCACAGAGACUGUGCCACGACAUAAUUACAAAAACUACAUCAGGCUUCCUUCUGCCCUCUAAAAUAGCUGUUUGUGCCAUAGCGGAAGCUUCCCACAAAAGGCCGGUCGCUAGUGAGGAGGAUCUCAGAACUUUUGAGCAUCUGGCUGUCGAAGAUCCUGUGGAAAACAUUAUUGCCGCAUUCGGUCCACGAUCCCAAGAUCACCCGAACGGACGGGAUUUUGACUGUAAAGUAAUCUCGUUCGAGAAUCAGCCGCUCAGUCUGUUGGAGCCUGACGAGACUGAUCGCGAUAGUGACAGGAACGAUGGAGAUGAGAUAUUCUUCGAGGCUGUGCAGGGGCCGCCCGGGUCGAAAAAGAGGAUGGCGCUCCACCGCAAAGUCGUGAGGAAAAGAGGGCCAGAUAAAUGGGCCAUCCGCACUAGAUUCUCGGGGCAACAGUGUACGGCAUUCCCCGGCGAGUACAAAGCAGCACACAAAAUACCUGUCGAAAGUUUUCAGAAAGCCAUGCGAACAGAGGACUUAUUUACUCGGGUCGUCCUGAGACUCUCUAGCGGCAAAGUCAGCAACGAUGGAGAGACGCGUCUGCAAGAGCAGAUAGAAGAGACAGUCGCCAAAGCCCUGGCUCAAACGUUUCACUACAUGAUCCGCCUUGGCUGUAGUUUUGGAUACCUGACCGCUGGAAAAUCACUAGUCUUUCUACAUAUUGGAGACGAUCCCAAAGUCCUAUACUACCACGUAUCCCAACCGGAGGACGACGCUAAAAGCUCGGACGGGUCGAUAGAUCUAUUUCACACUGCCGUCGCUCAGCUGGCAGCGUUCUGUCUACAGACCUGCCGAGACUCUGGCAAGCCUGAUCUAUGGAAAGAGAGAGCUUUCUCGCAGUUGAGGGAGUGGCCACAGCCAUACGCUGAGAUGCGUGGCGGAACAACAGAGGAAGAAUCGCCUCAGUCAACGUGCUCUGCUUCCUCCUAUCCUGGAUCAACCACGGCUACACAAGAGCUUACGGUAGAGCUACGGCGAACAACAAGAGCAUCGUGUAAGCCCACGCUGGAGCCGAGCACCAAUGACACCAGCGAUGAUGACAUAACCGGUGGCCCCCGUAGACGAACUGACGGUCUGCAACCGUCGCUGAGAGUGACGCAUCCCGGAUCUAAGAAACGGAAGGACGUUCCAUCGGGAAGUGAUGAGACUAGAAGCAGUGAGGAAUUGGAGGUCGAGACUCGCCCCUAUUGUACACAAGAGUGUAUGCUGGGUCUCAAAAGACAUGGGCAUCUAGAUGAGAAAUGCCCGAAUGUGGCACUGCAUUGCCGUGCCUCUAGAAACAUGUCACAUCCCAUCGAUACAGUUCGCCUCAGGGAGCUUAUACGAGAGGAACUGCACCGGCCCGUCCAUCGUCUGCGUUCUGUCAAACCUCUGGAUCGCGACGGUAAAUACGGAGAGACAGGAGCGCUCUUCAAGUUAUCCCUAAAUCAUUAUGGAUACACAUUCGUUGGGAAAGGAACCUUUGCUGCAGCUACGAAGAGACUACGACAUGAAGCGGAGGUCUAUACGCGCCUAGAACCACUACAAGGCCACGUUGUCCCCGUUUGUUUGGGGAGUAUUGACCUGGAUAUGCCGUAUCCAUUGGCUGCUGCUGAUGUUGUUCACAUGUUGCUCAUGUCAUGGGCGGGAGAUGCGCUCACACCUGGCGAUGACUUCUCGCCAGAACUGCCACGAUUCCAGGAGUUGCUUCGUACAUGUGGUGUCAUCCAUGACGAUCUUAGGCAGCAAAAUCUUGUCCGAAACUAUGAGCAGGGACAUAUCAUGCUCAUCGAUUUCAACCUAGCGAUUAUACUGCCAGCCAUGCGGCACAAGCGAGUAGAUGGGCUGUCUCACAAGAGAAAGAAGCGUUUGCGUGGCUCAGCCACCGGCAACGCUUUUGAUGAACCCCGAUCUCUGAAGCAGCCUAGGCGCCAUGGUCAUGCUGGUCGAGUUACUUAG